AGCUCAUUCUUAAAGUUCUUUAUUCCAUUUUACUUUCAGUUCCAAAGUUUCUUUCUCCUUCCAUUUCCUCACCCACUUGAGAAGGCAAGAAAAUAGAAAUCCAAUUACAAAUAUACAAUUAUACAUUAAAAAAAAAUUUGUAUUAGUCAUGGUCUUUUUUAAAAAGCAAGAAAAAAAUUUAAAAAUAGGCUUCAGUUUGUGCUCAGUUUGUUAUCUGGAGGUAGAUUGCAUUUUUCAUCAUAAUCCAAGUUCCCAGACCCAUUGACACAGGACUCUCAUGUCAUUGGUAGAGAUCAAUGCCUUCAGUUUAUCUCAGAGUCAGAAAGCAGUUGGGUAGAACAGGAGAAGGGAGGAGAGAUCUUAAGUCUUUUUGCAGUUGUUUUUCUUGGGCAAUUGCUUCAGAAACUUCUGACUUCCAAAUCUAGAGAAAAAAUGAAAAUUGCCAAGCCUGCUUUAGGUCACUUAUGGAAUCCUGGGAAGAAGAUGGCAGUCUCUGUCAUAUGCCUGUCCCUAGUUUUCCUCAUUAGACUUGAUCUUUUUCCCUUCUACUUCCUCUCUUCUGUUCUUUCUCCCUGAGUCAGACUCCUCUCCUCUCCUCUCAUUUUUCUCUCUCCUCCUUACCUUCUUUUCCCACCCCCCCCUUCCUUAAGUUUAGAUUCAGUUGUUCCCAAUGGCAGAGCUUCUUUGCACUGCAUUGUCUAGUAUAUAUUGUUUUAUUAUACUUUCUUUGGCUUCUAUUUUGCCUAUUUGGAUAAAUGGGAUUCUUGGCUAAGUUUUAUGUAAGAUAUCAAACUGGGAAUUGGUGGGAAGGGAUCAAAUUGCUGGUUGUUUUGUGUCUUUCCACGUAGUGAACAGUGAUUGUACAUAAACAUCCUAUUCUUUAGAUGAGUGCUAUUUAAGUGAGCAGGAAGAUAUAAUUCUAAUCAGGGAUCCAUCCCUCUCUCUGGCCCCAAACCUCCAACUCCCUUGGAGAAAGGGUGUGAUGAGAAAAGACUUAAGAGACAUUUAUUCUGUUCUCCAGCCAUACAAUGCCUCCUUAUUAUCCCCACCCCCAAGCUCUAUCUCUUGGAAUUGUGGUGGGAUAUUGUGCUGAUAAGAGUUGCUAAGUCUCUCAUAGUUAUUUUUACAUUUUUGUUUUAAUUGUGUAAAUUAUUCUAUUUCUCACUUCACUUUUGCAUCAGUUCAGAUAAAUCUUCCCAGAUGAAACUAUCUCUCACUUUUUUUUAAACAGCACGAUAGUAUUUUAUCUCACUCAAAAGCUAUAACUUGGUAUAAUAUGCCUUGCCAUGUGGUGCUCAGAACAAUCCCAUAAAGUGAGGUGCUUUUAUAUCCGCUUUAGAGGAAUUUCUCCUUGGUGUUUCCUUCGAAAUUCUUGUUGCUCUCAAAUGAUUUUAACUGGCUCCGUAUUUGCAUCCGUCAGCACAUCAAAGCAUGUAUGCUUAACGCUCUGGUGAACAUUUGAGCAGAACUGUGGAGAAGGGGAAGAGGAGGAGGAGACAGACUGAGCAGACAAGAAAGCGCGUCCUCAGUGGUAUCCUCCCCUUUAACUCUGUCUCCCUGGAGCAGGAUCGAGUCAGGCUCCUACUGGUUUACGACGCUAGGCGGCCAGCCAGGCUUGGAAGUACCAAGAACCUUAUUCGAACCUCGCAGCUUAAUCGUUGAGGCCCUUUCUUCGCCUCUCUUGUCUUGGAGCAGUGAGCGUCGCUGGCAGUUAGUGACAGUUCAGAAGGCGGUUCGCAUCUCCUAGCUGCCGCCACUCCGCCUCUGAGAGCCGAAAGGGAGGGGAGGAGAGAGGAAGAUAGAGGGGGCGGGACCGUUUGGCAGCAUCGCGAGAGGAGAAAGAGGCCCAAACGGGAGUUGGAUUCCAGGACAUUGGAGCGAUUCGCAUCUGCAGCUGCCGGUCUCUAAACUGGGACGCUGAACAGUUACUUGAUCUGGGAAGAGACCCACUUGGAUUUUAGUGGCUGAGGGUCUGUGGGUGUCAAAAUGACGGGCCGCGUGUGCCGGAGUUGCGGCGGCACGGACAUAGAACUAGACCCAGGCCGCGGCGAUGCGGUAUGCACGGGCUGUGGUUCCGUGCUGGAGGACAACAUCAUCGUAUCCGAGGUGCAGUUCGUGGAGAAUAGUGGCGGCGGCUCCUCCGCAGUGGGGCAGUUCGUCUCCCUGGACGGUGCAGGCAAAAUUCCAUCAGUAGGAGGAAGCUUCCAUGUAAACUUGGGAAAGGAAUCCAGAGCUCAGACUCUUCAGAAUGGCAAACGUCAGAUUCAUCACUUAGGAAAUCAGUUACAACUAAAUCAACAUUGCCUUGAUACAGCAUUUAACUUCUUCAAGAUGGCCGUGAGCAAGCAUCUUACACGUGGAAGAAAAAUGGCACAUGUGAUUGCUGCAUGUCUUUACUUGGUUUGUCGCACUGAAGGAACACCUCAUAUGUUACUUGACCUCAGUGACCUUCUACAGGUGAAUGUUUAUGUGCUGGGGAAAACAUUUCUUCUUUUGGCCAGAGAACUCUGCAUCAAUGCUCCAGCAAUAGAUCCAUGUCUAUACAUUCCUCGCUUUGCACACAUGCUGGAGUUUGGAGAAAAGAACCAUGAAGUGUCCAUGACAGCCCUGAGACUGCUUCAGAGGAUGAAGAGAGAUUGGAUGCACACAGGGCGCCGACCCUCAGGCCUCUGUGGAGCAGCACUUCUAGUUGCAGCAAGAAUGCAUGAUUUCCGAAGGACUGUUAAAGAGGUUAUCCGAGUGGUUAAAGUUUGUGAAUCCACAUUAAGGAAGAGGCUAACAGAAUUUGAGGAUACACCUACCAGUCAGCUGACCAUAGAUGAAUUCAUGAAGAUUGAUUUGGAAGGUGAAUGUGAUCCACCUUCUUUCACAGCUGGGCAAAGAAAGUUAAAGAUAAAGCAGCUGGAACAGGCCUUAUCAAAAGAACUUGAGGAUGUGGAAGGUGAAAUAUCGAGCUACCAAGAUGAGAUAGAGAUUGAAUUAGAAAAUAGUAGGCCAAAGGUGAAAGGAGCACUUGCACAUUUCACUAAAGAUGAUUCCAUAGAUGACAAUACUUGCAGCAUAUUUGGAGAAGAAGAGGCAGAAGAUGAAGAACUAGAAGCAGCUGCAAAUCAUUUAAAUAAAGACUUUUAUAAGGAACUUCUUGAUAGAAACAGAUUGAGCAAUGAUGAUGAUCUAAGUUGUGGAAAUGGAACCAUAGAUCCAAUUAAACCACCAGCUUUAGAAACUUUACUUGGUCCUCUGCCUACGGCAGCCAGUUUGGGAAUCACUGAAUCCAUCAGAGAAUGUAUUUCACCACAGAACAGAGAGCCCAAUGAAAAUUCAGGCGAUGGUGAAUUAGAUCUUAAUGGAAUUGAUGACAGUGAAAUCGAUAGGUAUAUUCUCAAUGAAAAUGAAGCACAAAUCAAAGCUGAACUGUGGAUGAAAGAACAUGCUGACUAUGUAAAAGAACAAAAGGAAAAAGAAGCAAGGAUAGCAAAAGAGAAGGAACUUGGCAUUUAUAAGGAACACAAGCCAAAGAAGUCCUCCAAAAAACGGGAGCCAAUUCAGGCCAGCACUGCAGGAGAAGCCAUUGAAAAGAUGUUGGAACAAAAGAAAAUCUCAAGUAAAAUUAAUUACAAUGUACUAAGGGACUUGAAUAGCAAAGGAACUAUGACCCCUAAGAGGGAAAAUGAGCCACCUAAUGACAGCAGCAGCACCAAGAAGUUGGCACGCAGAAAAUGUCCUGCAAGUAGAACUCUAACAGAUCCUCUGAACAGCAGCAUGGGAAAAAGAUUGAGACCAUUGGUUUCUACACAACCAGCUAAAAAGGUUUCAACAAGAGAGGUAUCACUUCUCAAUUCACAGACACAGAUUGUAGACCUUGUAAAGCCUCCAAAUAUUGUGGUUGAAAGUGGACCAGUACUAUAUAAUCAUGAUGAUGAUGUUGAAGAAGAAGAGAUAGAAGAAGAAGAGGAUCAUUGCAUGAGUGCCCUUCAAUUAAUGGGAGGAAAUGAUUAUGGCUGUGACUUGGAUGAUGAUGAUGGCUACUAGACUUAAGCUUUUAAAGGACUUGUAACCACAUCUUGUUAUUGGACAUAUCUUUUGAUCGUGCAAAUGGUGAAAGGAGUUUCUAGAUUACUCCAUGUUCAUGAACAGUCUAGACAUUUUUACAAGAUAAUUUUAGUUUAUUUUGUGUUUAAUCAGUUUAUAUCAACUCAUCAUUCAGAGAAAAAGUUUGGGCUUUGUCAUACUUUAAUUUUUGGAUCAUGUUUUGAGAAAUGUAAGGAAUAUUUCUAUUCAGCAAGCAAAGACAGUCUGUGUCUCUCUGAGGUAGAAGCAUGGGUUUUGCCUUCUUCCUGGCUCCACCUUUGGUAGCCCAGGUCCUGCUGCUGCCACUGUCAAGAAAUUUGACUCAGAGUGUCUGAAAUGUAAAAUAUUUAUCCAGAUGUUUGGACUUAACAAGAAUAUAAUCUUGUUGCUGAAAAUAAAACUUUGUACAUCAAUA